UUCUUUUUUAAAAGUCUCCAAUUAAGAAGUGGGAACUUCAUUUAUGUUCUCUUGAAAGUUGAAGGCAUCUGGAUCGUGACCCCCGAAAUAAGUGAGGAGGCGAAAGAAACUUGUAGGAUUAUCUGAAUGUUCAUUGUAGAAUCAUUUCGUUUAGCGCAUGUAGAUUGGAGUCCGUCAGUGCUAUUACUUUGUCCCACCUGAAGUAACAGGUACACGUGAGCGUAAAGAUGGUUGCUAUGUUUAAUAUUUGCACCGAAACGGCAGCAGAGGAAUGUAUGUUCCCCAUGCAGGGAGCUGAGAUGGUCUACUGUUCAUGGGCAUAAUUAUAGAAAAUAUGAUCAGUCUACUGCGCUGUUUAGACUUUUUAAAGUGUAUUUUCCGAACUGUUUAAGAUAACGACCGUGUAGACCUUAUGCUAAGUACUGCCACUUCACAUCCUUAGCAAACUUGUUUCGGAUUUGUUAGUGGUGGCAACCCCAAACGAUCGGCCUUUUGUCGUUAAACAUUUCAGCUCUAAAAACAGUCCAUUCAGGGUACGCAGUGGACAAACAAGUUUCUCUAUGUUGCUAAGAGUUGUUGCAUUCCUCAGUUGAGUUGGGACCCUCUGUGCAAACACAAUAUCAUAACGGUGUAAGUGCAUUUCAGCGCCUUUGCUAGUACCCACCGUGACUGCCCUAUCGUUUCAGAGCUUCCCGGUGACCUGUAAAUUUCUUUAGAACCAGUGUUAUAUGAAAUAUUGAAUCUAGAGAAAUCUUGUUUAUCUGUCCUUAUCCAGCCUCACGUGCACAUGUUGGUUCUCAUUUCUCAUUGUCUGUGCAAAGUCAUGCACCUUGAGAGAGUGGAAUAGAACGGUAUCCCGAACUUUAAAAGCCAAUAUUGAAAGUGAAACUAAGGCUUCUCCAGCAUGUUGUGUGAAACUGCCGAAGGCGGUAACCUUGUUUAGCGCCCUCUGCCUUGCAAAACAGUAACCCUUGACCCAGCAUGCAUACAUGUAUGUGUGCAGUCUAGUCAAGGUGCCGUUGACAGUGACUCUUUACAUUGUGUGAGACGGGGAAUUGCUUUAUCAAAAUUGUUAAAUUUGCUGGCUGGUUUUGUGUGCAGGCCUGCAGCCAGAUUUUGAAACGAAUAUUAUUCAAGCUCAAUCAAGGAACCGUUGAUAGCCUUUCUGAACCGAAUGUUGAAUUCUGCGUAUAUGUAGCACAGCUUGAAAGCAAACAUCCAGGCAUUCCUACUAGUCUCCUCACAAGACGCCAUCUCAUGGAGACACCCAAAGAGACAUCAGGCAAGAAGCGGCUGAGGCAGACUAAUCUGGAGGAUUGCUUUGGUGUUGGCAUCAAACGCCACAGGAGUAGUCAAGGAGAAGUGGAAGCGUCUCUGGUGGAGGACGUAGAGCAGGGCAGCAUGAGUAGCCGACCUCUGGGGGAAUCGUCAGAGCUGAGGCGGAGACGGGAACAGCUUGCUGCCGCAGCCGAAAGGAGGAGGGCGUCCCAGUCACCCUACUCCACUCCUCCGCACGACGCCCCAUCUUCACCUGACAGCAACCAAGGUAGUGAAGAAGUGACCGACAAAUCGACUGAAAAAACCUCAAGGACUCACGGCAGCAAGGGCACAGUCAGUAAGCCAUCGACAAGUACAGCCGGAAACAGCAAUACGGGCAGUGAAGUUGUAGCAAACAGCGGGAGAAACUUUGAGUCCGUCUUUGCAUACCUUGAGGAGGACAGCGAGGCUUGCGGAAGGGCGUCGGCGAGUUCAACUCGUUCGUAUCCAUCUAACCGAACUAGAAGCAAAGUGGGGGAAGCUACCCCAGGGACCUCUGUCGAAAGAGACAACCUUGGAGGGCAUUCCAGUCAGGGAACUGCAGAUGUUUCUCAGAAGACACGUCCAGAUGCCAAUGCAUUAGUUGAGGAGGAUGAGGCAGCGGUCGCUGUAGGAGAUGUUUCACCGACACAGGAGUAUGAUGCAUCCUUGCCACUGUUUUCCGAUUCCGAGCCUCAUUCCUCUCUGGACGACGAGGUUCAGGUCAACAAAGAUGCGACGCGGAUCGAAUGGAGAGGAGUGGAUCCCUCAGCAUUGAACCGUGCCCCGGCUUGCCGUCAAACGCUGCCUCGACUCCAGCCCAGCCACAGUCACACUGUCCUCUUCAGGCCUCACAUAAGGUCUGGUGCCCCACCUCGUCCCUUCCCAGAUGCUUAUCGUGAUACCUGGGAUGCACACCACGUCCGCAUGCCGUGCUCCCCGGAAAAUCUCUACCCUGUGGACGACAAGAAUGGGCAGAAGAAAGUUCAGAGCAGAUGGGAGUUGAUUGAAACCACGCUCCUCAAACCUAUUCAAAAUUCCUGGGAUUUAGAAGAAGCCAUCCUGACCUACAACGCUCGCUACUGUAGCAAGUGGAACUUUGCCGGCCUGCAUCACUUCUUCACCGAGGAGGUCGAUCGCAGGGAGGCCAGACACUUCUUUGACCAGCUCCUGCCCAAGAUGGUGGAACUGGCGCUGAUGCUGCCAAAGCUUUGUACCCAGGCCAUCCCUCUUUUGAAGAGACAAGAGUCGCACACCAUCACCUUGACCCAACUCCAGAUUGCCUCACUCCUCGCCAACGCUUUCUUCUGCACCUACCCCAGGCGAAACGCCCAGCAGAAAAAAUCGGAAUACUCGCGCUUCCCGGACAUCAACUUCAACAGGUUAUUUGAGGGAUCUGCCAAAAAGUCCAGUACCAACAUGAGAAAGGCUGAAAAGAUGAGGUGUAUCAUUAACUACUUCAGAAGGGUGGCCUUGAAAGCUCCGACGGGCACAGUGUCUUUCACCAGGAGAGCUGUCACCGCCAUGCCCGAGUGGGAGAAGAGCACCAACACGCUGACAAAAUUCCAUGGCAACGUCUACGGCACCAUUGAGGAUCAAGGUGAAGGGAUGUUACAGUUGGAUUUUGCCAAUAUGUACAUCGGUGGGGGUGUCCUAGGCCAUGGUCUGGUGCAAGAAGAAAUCCGGUUCAUGAUCUGCCCAGAGCUGAUCGUGUCCAGACUCUUCACCGAAGUACUGGAAGGCAACGAGUGCCUGUUUGUCAAAGGAGCUGAGAGGUUUAGUGACUACACGGGCUACGCAAGCACAUUUCGCUGGAACGGCGAUUAUCAAGACACAAUUCCAAGGGAUGCUUGGGGUCGUAAAGAAACUGAAAUACUUGCCAUUGAUGCCCUCGUCUUUAGAUGCUUUGAAGAUCAGUUCAAACCUCAACUCCUGAGGAGAGAGCUCAACAAGGCUUUCUGUGGUUUCUAUGGUGAUGGCACACUGGCUGCAAAUCUCCCAGCUGUAGCUACGGGCAACUGGGGCUGUGGGGCAUUCGGUGGUGAUGCAAGAUUGAAAGGUCUCUUGCAGAUGAUGGUUGCGGCCGAGUGCCACCGUGACAUGGCCUAUUUCACCUUCGGAGACCAACGACUCUGCUACGAGCUGCACAAGAUGAAUGAGUUCUUGGUAGCACAAGGGGUUUCGGUUGGUGAUUUGUGGCUGGUCUUACAGCGGUACCGGACGGAAGUCUUGCAGCGCAAAGCCAAACGCAAUUUCACAAAUCUUUACACCUUCAUCUACCAGGUGUACAACGACGUUGAGUCGUCAACAGACGAAAAGGAUGGGGAGGAGGGGGCGGAGCAAACAGGAGGUCUGUCCAGGGGUGUGGAUGACAGUGACGAUGGGAGCCUCAGUCCUGAUUAUAAAGUUGACACUCCUUAAGCGUGCUGACUUAAUAAAUACGCAAAUCUAUCAUUAACCCUCCUUUAGUUUUACAGCACAAAUAUGCACAAGUGCCCAAGGUCACUCUCUUGCAUGUUGGUGCAGUGU